CAUGUGAAUAAAAAGCGAACUUCUGUACUUUGAAUAAAGAUUAUGAGAGUCGUGAUACAUUGUUUAGUGUGUGGGCGAGUUCAUUCGGUAGAGAUAAGCCACACGUACUGAAUGAACAGUGAAAAUUGGCCUCAUGUUAAAUAUUGUGUUUUAAAUAAAAACUAGCUUUGAACCUUUCAAGUCACAGUGGGUCAUUUGUAAACACAACUCCUUCCUAUGCAAAACUUUUUUUGUUAUCUGUUCAUUCAACGUCAAAACAAGGACGUCUUUAAUGCUAAUUAGCACAGCAGACAGCGUGUUUGUAGGGCUUAGCUUAAAUAUCCUCGGCGCCGUGCGUAUUUGCCGAAAAUCAUCGAACUAUUUUAGUCAGUCUCUUGAGCAACGAUUUGGAGUCACCUUAGUUUUGAAACCCUUAAGUACCAGAUAGUACACCAGACAAGAUAUUUUUCUUCCAUUUUUUGUUCAUUGUGAAUUAAUAAAUAAAACGUUCUAAGGAAACACUCGUCUUUAACAGUUCUUUAAACCAUGAAUUCACUCAAUCCAUGGGAGUUCCCGCCACCAGUCUCUUUCCCCAUUUACUCAUCUUACAAGACAUCGUGCUCUGUUAAUUAUUCAUCAACGUUCUCUAGUUUCUAUUGUUCUGUCGAACUCUUGCUCGUUAAAUUCAUGUGGGUAACCCAUUCUUCUACCAAAUCAAUAAUUUAUACCCGUCAAGAUUCUUAUAAUAAACCACUUCUGUGGGAGCUCAUUGAGACCCUCCAUUGUUCAUAACGUGGUUUCUUUUCAUUCCAAGUGGCCCUAUCCACAAACGAGAGGCUUGGACGACCUAUAAAAGCCAACUUCUCAGGGUGACCGCACUCACUGUAUUACCAACCACUUGGCGGUGAAUUCGCAUCGACAUUUUGGAAACUGUACCACUUGAAAAUAGAUCAACAAGAAUGACAAAACCCAGUGAGCACAUAAAACGGCCCAUGAAUGCAUACAUGGUUUGGUCGCGUAAAGAGAGACGGCGCAUCGCAGAGGAAUGCCCUCGAAUGUUGAAUUCGGAAAUAAGCAAGCGGCUUGGACUUGAAUGGAACGCACUCUCGCCUGAAGCGAAAGAUCCGUACGUAAUAGAGGCGAAACGACUGAGGGAACAACAUAAGAAGGAUCACCCAGAGUAUAAAUAUCAGCCUAAAAGGAAGCCUAAGGCUACACCCAAGUUGAAAACGCAAAGUUUAAAUCCUUAUGGCUAUCAUGACAUGAGUGGGAUGGGAUAUCCGCCCUCUUCGUCGCUUUGUAGCCCAUUACCGCCAGGCCAUUUGGUGCCUUCAGGUCCUAUUUUUAGCAAUUGCUCAGGAAACUGUACAUUAGCGGAGCCUCCUCCGCCUUACCAUUUCGCUCCUCAUUACCCGGUUGUGCAGCCUAUGACAGAAAUAAAAGGACCUUGUUCGACCCAUCUACCGCUUGUUGGCAGAGAAAUAUCUUGCGGACCUCCCAUAGCUUACUCAAGCCAUCAUCCAUCUAUGUCGCAUUCUAUGCAAGUUGGACAUGUGGUUCAUCAUCGAAGCGUUUUACCAGAAUCCUCAUCCUUAGUUCACGCCCCAACUGCCAUUGACAGCAGAACGGGCAUCCCAAGAUCGUCCAUGGAUUUUGUUAUGAUGAGACCUGAUGUUGGAUAUUAGUGAGAAUUGCUCUGUUGUUGUUCCCAAGAUACGCAGACAUCAAAUUUCACCUAGCCGAGAUGUUCAUUUCCAUACACUAAUAAAAACACGAAUCACUUAUUCGCCAUAAAAGAGACUCGACCCUUUAUAACAUUUUUUUACUUUUCAUUUAUUGGGACAAAUUAAAUUUGUGUAGCAGAGGUGAGUCUGUGUAGUAAGUCGUUUCUAAGAACCGGGACUAAAGGAUUAUUAUCGCUUUAAUGGACAUAUUGAAAUAAGAAUUUAACAGGGAUUAACCAAGUUGUAUAGUUUAGUAGCUUAUUUAAGUGUUUAUUCAUACAAUAAAAACAAUAUACCAAUUGAA